AUGCCGGAUUUAGCCCUCCCCCCCCCUACCACUCAAUAUGCGCUGCUGUCCUUCCCAGCUCCGCACAUCCUCCUAGUCACUCUCAACCGCCCACGCGAUCUCAACUGCAUCAACUCACAGGGCAAUGCAGAACUCCAUGAAGUCUGGGAGUGGAUGGAUAACGAGCCCAGCCUGCGAGUCGGUAUCCUGACCGGCAAGGGGAGAGCCUUUUGCGCGGGGGCGGAUUUGAAAGAAUGGAACAACCGCACCCAAUCAUCCACCUCCAAAUCUCCCAUGCCAAUCUCUGGCUUUGGCGGUCUAUCCCGGCGGAAGGGACGUAAGCCCGUCCUCUGCGCCGUCAACGGGCUCGCUUUCGGCGGUGGCGCUGAAAUGAUUAUCAACUCUGACAUCGUCAUCGCCUCCUCGCGCACCGCACUGGGUCUCCCUGAGGUGAAGCGCGGCGUUGUCGCGCUAGCAGGUGCCUUGCCCCGACUUGUCCGUACAGUCGGCAAACAGCGCGCCAUGGAAAUGGCGCUGACGGGACGACCAUACACAGCUGAACAAGCAGAGAAGUGGGGUCUGAUCAAUGAGAUUGUUAAUGUGGAUGAUUGUGUUGUGGGAGGCAAGGUCGAUGAUGAUGCCGUGUCGAAGAAGGUGGUUGACCGGGCGGUGCAGGUUGCGUCGGAGAUUGCGGGGAAUAGUCCUGAUGCGGUGUUGGUUAGUCGAGAGGGGGUUAAGUUGGGAUGGGAGGGGAUUGGGGCUGAGGAGGGGACGGUGAUGUUGAAUGAGACGUGGGUGAGGCGGUUGUAUGAAGGGGAGAAUAUCAAGGAGGGGCUUAAGGCUUUUGUGGAGAAGAGGAAGCCUGAUUGGAAGGAUAGUAAGCUGUGA